AUGAGUGUCUCAAUAAACUUCGAAAGUAACUUAAAAUUUCUCGAACAAUUACCUAAUGAAAUUUUCCUAGAAAUUUUUCAAUAUCUAAAUAGUGCAGAUAUUAUCUAUGGAUUUUCACGAUUAAACACUCGUUUUCAACGUUUACUUAUCAAUUGGGUUUAUAAAUUAGAUUUCAAAUCUUUAACUAAAGAUAAAUUUUAUUAUGUUAUUCAACAUCAUGAUAUGCAUCGAUGGCGAUCAUUAUGUCUUUGUGAUGAUGAUAAAACACCAGGACAAAUAAGACUCUUUUGUCAAUUAUUUCCACUUGCUGAAAAUGUUUCUCAACUACAAUCGCUUUCAAUUUUGAACAUGAAGCCUAAAUUCGCAAUGAAUGUUCUAUCACAGCUUGUAUCAUUUAAUAAUCUUAUCUCAUUAAUAGGGGUGGUACUUUACUUUUACUUUAGAAAAUAAAGGUAAAUGAAUCCUUUACUUUUAAAAAAUAAAAGUAAAUAGAUCCUUUAUUUUUUAAAAUAAAGAUAAAUGAUCAUUUAUUUUAAAAAAAUAAAGUUAACUAAAUAA